GAUAUAGUGAAUGCCACCAGGGUCCCUGGGAGAACCAGAUAAAGUAGUGAAAGCAGGGUCCUUGGAGACCACAUAUAGUGAAUGCGGGGUCCUGGAGACCAGAUAUAGUGAAUGCAGGGUCCGGGGGAGACCAGAUAUAGUGAAUGCAGGGUCCUGGAGACCAGAUAUAGUGAAUGCAGGGUCCGGGUAGACCAGAUAUAGUGAAUGCAGGGUCCGGGGAAGACCAGGAUAUAGUGAAUGCAGGGUCCGGGGAGACCAGAUAUAGUGAAUGCACGGGUCCGGGGAGACCAGAUAUAGUGAAUGCAGGGUCCGGGGAGACCA